AGCAGCCGUUAUAAAAAAUGAAUACGUUUUUAGGAGCUCCCAACCGGCUUGGUUGGAAAAGACUCUAGUGCGCAUGCUCCAAGGGCCCCAAAACGCGGAAACACGAGGAUGCGCGCGGAGUGUUCUUUUUGCCGUAGUGAGCGAUUUUCAUUGGAAUGAGUGGGGCGCCAUCUUUGUCGCCGUAUCCAGAUGUAUAAUACAUCCAUGGACGGAGCGACAUAACAGGAAGCAAGUAGGAAAUAUCACGGCAGCGAUGUACACACCUCACACCACAUACUGACUCUUUGACUGUGUUGGAGGAUGGACCCUGUAGUGCUGAGCUACCAGGACAGCCUGCUACGGCGAUCUGAUGUGUCCUUGCUGGAAGGACCGCACUGGCUCAAUGACCAAGUCAUUGGUUUUGCCUUUGAGUACUUUGCUGCUGAGCGCUUCAGAGCCUUGGGGGAGACCAUCAUCUUCAUCAGUCCAGAGGUCACCCAGUUCAUCAAGUGUGCCUCUUGCCCUGAUGAAUUAGCCCUAUUUUUGGAGCCGCUGGAUCUUGCCUCUCGUCACUGGGUCUUCCUAGCCGUUAACGACAACUCCAACCAAACUGCUGGAGGAUCCCACUGGAGCCUGUUGGUCUAUCAUCUAAACUCCAACCACUUUGCCCACUAUGACUCUCAAAACGGCAGCAACUCGCUGCAUGCACGGCGCAUCGCCAGCAAGCUCGAGCCUUUCUUGGGUGCAGGGAGAAUAGCGCUGUUUGUGGAGGAGCCCUGCCCACCACAGCAGAACAGCUAUGACUGCGGCAUGUAUGUUAUCUGUAUCGCCGAGGCCUUAUGUGAGAAGGCCAGGGUGGAGGGCUCGGCACGCCUUCCCGUGCAAAUCAUCACCCCAGCCUACAUCACCCAGAAGAGGGCUGAAUGGUGCAGACUGAUCCAGAGUCUUGCUCAGAGUGAUCUCUGCUGCUCUCUGUCUUUUCCUUAGCACGCUGAUUGCCCCUCAGUAUAUGCAGAACAGCUGUCAGCCUCUACAUAUCUACUGCUGGAGCAUCUGAAGGCACUCCUUGAAUACAGUAUACAACUAUAUAUGAAAUAUAUUUCUAUUGCAUACUCCAGAAUAGCAACAAGUUUAAGAAGAUAAAGCAAUGUUCCAAGUCUGUAAUGAUUCAUUGAAUUCUUGGUGUUAUGUUUAUCCCUUGUAUAUGCACUGCAAAAUACAAUACGUAAACAAGAACACCAGCAUGCCUGUAACAGGAAAGUACAUAUUUAGUAAGAGUGGAGAAUGUAAUGUGGAAGAGGGGGCGCAGACUUUUCUUCUCUUCAUUGUAUUAGUUUGGAGCGAAUGUUGAAGUGUUUACACAGAUUAUUGCUCAGGGUCAUUUUAAAUGAACUAGAAUUGACAAUAAGAAUGUGCAUCUUAAUUUUGGCUCCUACUUUACGUCACAUCUGUUCUGGUCACAUAUUCAUUCUAUUUCUCAGUUUGAACAGGUGUUAGGUGUACAAGUACAAACUUUUAGUUUUGAAAUAUUUUAUUGCACUGUGUGCGGCAAGUGUUUAUGACCGUGUUGAUUCAGGGUUCCCACACAUCCUGGAAACCAGCUGACCAGUUUUCCAGUUAAGGAAAACAAGUGGAAAAUGGGAGGAAAAGUAAAAUGUCCUGGAGAGGCUUGUUUUGUCCAGCAAAAUUAUUUCAACAUUUUCCAAUAGCUGAGAAAGAACUACAAGACUUUCUAUCAGAGAUCCCCAAAAUGGAUUACAUUGCAUCAGAAAGGCUAAGUUAUUUUCAGGAUCAUAUUAAUUUGCUAGCAUUGUCUCUUCAGAUGCAAUGCUGCAUUAUUAAAGUAAGAUGGAACAUGGCAUGAAAUGUUUAUCUGUUGUAGCAGCUGCUCACAGUGUGGGCAAUUAGCCUUCCUAAAGACUCCACUUAGUAGUAAAGGGGCUACAGUAAGGUGCAAUAAACUGCUAAGUCCGUGGCAGUUAAUAAUCCUAGCAAACUUGGCUAACCUUGAAUUGUACAUUUAGAAAUGUAAAGUCCAGUCUAGAUUUAUCACUAGGCAAAAGUAUAGGCUACUAUGUGUGUUAUUGGUGUUCAGGCAGCAGUGGUUUAUACGAUUGACUGAUUUAGCUUAUGAAUAAAAAGUAAUAAGAAUUAAUUUUAUUUACAUGGUCCUUGCCAAGCAUAGAGCACAAAGGAUGGAACAGUAUAAAAAUGAAAAUAUUAAAACAAGGCAAGAAUCUAAAAAGUAAGGAGAUAGUAGUAAAAGUAGUUCCAUUAAAACAUCUGAAGAUUAUGCCCACAUACUCUUUUAAAUGAGACUUCCACUGAGGAACUCUGAUAUAUCACUUGGAUCAUCAUCAAGUCAUGGAAAAUGAUCUCCAGUGAAGAGUGGGAACCCUGGGAGUGGUGGAAUGUAAGCUCUCACAAAAAGCAAGAAUCAAACUCGAUCUAAUAAAUUCUACUUUUGUCACGUUUUAGUUGACAAAACGGUAAACUGCUUUGUGGUUUUUAUUUGAUGUU